AUGGGUUGCCUAGGAGACGAUUACUGUCCACCCCAAUGUAAUUGCGCCGAGUCAGUGGUGAGGUGUUCGAGGUCUCAGCUUACGGAGAUUCCACGUGGGAUUCCGCCGGAAACCACCGAGCUGUAUUUGAACGAGAACGACAUCAAGACGAUCCAACCGGAGAGGCUGAGCCACCUGAAGAUCCUCGCUAGACUGGACCUGAGCAACAAUCAGAUCGGUAUGCUGUCGAACGACACCUUCAGGAACCUCACCAAGCUCUCACACCU